CAAUGCACACUGAAAGUACCAUGAGCAGGUUGGAGGUGGUGCAGUGGCAUAGGAACCUGCAGGACAAAACAGGACAGCGCUCUGUGUUGCCAUCAGGGGCGGACUGACAACUCAUGGGGCCCCCGGACAAUAGGGGAUCAUGGGGCCCCUGUGUCCUUGCCCAAACUCAAAAAAGCCUAUGAAAAAGGUACCAGGGGCAUCACAUGGGGGCCCCCUAUUGACCCUGGGCCCUCGGGCAGUGCCCGAGUUUCCAAAUGGUCAGUCCACCCCUGGUUGCCAUGGCUAUGUUAGCAGU